UAAUUAUUAUUAUUACUGCUAUCUACUACAUCAGGAUGGAGUCAAUCAAUGAAGAUCAAUUAAAAAACAAUCAGACAUUAUCUCAGGAAAUAGCUUACGAAGAUGAAAGAACGUCUGCUACGAGUAUCGAGCCACUAGUUCACGCAGCACCGAAUUAUGAAGACAACUCACAAGAACAUCCACGUAAAAAUGUCGUGGAAAUCAUAGAAGUUAGAGAACUGAAAUGUCCAUAUCAGCAACCAAUUUUAGCUGAUGUCAAUCAAGUAGGAGACAUUAAUAAGCCGCAAGCGAUGGCAAAUACUAGCGAUAUACAUGUGAAAGAAAAUGGUGAUAGCCGAAGUGAUGUGGGGAAAGUGCAACAAAAUGAUAUCACGACUUUGAUUAUGUCACCUAAAAGAUGUGAGGAAAUAAUAAAUUUUCCAACUCAAUCGCCUGUUGAGCCAGCUUCUGAUUUCUCUGUAAAUGAUUCGCAUAAUCUAAAAAAAGGUGAGAUUUGCCAGGAGGAGAUCAAACAGACUGAAGAUACUGGGGCCAUUUCCAGGCAGAGUAAUUCUGAUGUAAUCGAAUGUACUAUGAGAGGUUCCGGUGGUAGUGAGCAAUGUUCAGUAGAAGACGUUUUUAAAAGUCAACAAAUGUCGAAUUCUGAUGAACAGAUAAACAUGGUAGACAUGGAUAAACCACAAUUGAUAUUGAAAGAACGAACUUUAGAAGAAGAGAACGAAGAAGUUACAAGCACCGCAAAUCCAUUAGAAGAGGAACAACUGGACGCGGUGGUUGGCAUGGAAAUUGGAAGCGCUUUAAUUUCUUCCGAUAAUUUAACCGAUUCAAACGUUCACGAUAUUCCAAAAAAAGAAUCGAUAGGCUUAAGUAUGUUGGCUCAAUAUGGGUCGGAUAGUGAAUUUGAAAAUGGCAAAAGUGAUAGUGAAUCUGAAGAUGAUAAAUCUACGACAGAUUCUGUUGUGGAAAUACCAAUUGCAAAUAAUGCAGAUUAUCGUAAUCAACCUAUCCAAAUUGAUUCCGAAAGUGAUAGUGAAUCAGGUGUCGAAUGCUUAGAGGAUAUACGCACGAUUAUCGAAAACCGUAUAAGCGCAAGUAAGGAUGAUUGCAAUGAAGAAGAAGGCGAUGAAGAGGACGAAGAAUGUGGUGAUGGUACUAAGAAAAAGAAAAAACCCCGCCCACCGCGUGUGAAAGGCGAAUUACUUUUAGAUGACUUACCGCCUAUUAAGGAUUUACAUAUUACAGUGCCUGAAGGUGAAUGUGUUGAAUUAGGUAAGAUUCAUUCAAUCGUAGAUCAGCUGGUACUGGUGAGCGCUUUGCCCAACGCUUUACUUCUAAAUUUGGACACUGUAUUGUUUCUCGAGAAAGGUCAACAAGUUCUUGGGGAGGUAUUUGAUGUUUUGGGCCAAGUCGCUGAACCUUUGUAUUGUGUACGCUUCAAUUCACAUGAGCAAAUAAUAGAAAAGAACAUCAAGGUGGGAGAUACAGUAUAUGCGGCACCCAAAACUGAAUACACACAAUUUAUUAUAUUAUCAAGUUUGAUGAAAAUGCGCGGGUCCGAUGCUUCCUGGGAACAUGAUGUCGAACCACCACCGCACUAUAUCGAUUAUUCCGACGACGAAGAAGAAAGAUUAGCGCGAUCACGUUUACGUAGCAAAGAUAAAACAAGGGAAAAUGAUGAUCAUAAUGAGGGAGAAUGUACGAAGAAUAGUGAUGAACAGGUAAAAGCACUUUCGAAUAAAAAGCGUAGACGUCAAAAUGAACAAAAUCAAAGUUUCGGAUUUGGAGGGAACAGAGGAAGUCGUCACUUAAACGCCCAUCCAAGACAUAUGGGACCAAGACCCGCCAUGUACCCCAGCUCUUGGCAUUCCAAUUAUUAUCCUCACGCAUUUAGUUACUAUCCUCCGCCCAAUUACCGAUACGGGCCACAAAUGGCUUCACCAAUCGCACAAGGAGGCUAUCCUCUAGGUGCGCCCAACAUGUACGAGACACAUCAGCACAUGCAUUUACAACCACCAUCUACAUCAUCCGCACAUUCUGUUCCACAUCCUUUUAAUACACGAUCUCAGCCAUUAUAAACCCAACCCCGGCCAAUUUCAUAAAGAGUAUAUUUUCUUUUUUUUUAUUAAAGAUACAUUACGAUAUUUCUAAAAUAAAUUACUAUUCCAUUAAGAGAAAAAGCUUAAUUAG